CGGUGACGGCGAGUCGGUCAGACCGCAGAAAAACACCGAAGCCAGAGCGGCUAAACCGGACUGUACACUCCUCUAUGGCUUCUAUGAACAGCGCCGAGCGACGCGCUUUCGCUCUAAAAAUCAACAGGCAUUCGUCUGCAGAGAUCAGGCGAAACUUCAGUGGGAAUCAUGGCUUUAAUCACAGUCGAACCAGUUCCAACGCUUCAGCCUCAGUGUACCUCAAUGUGCCCCAAUCAUAUGAAGCGGUGGAGCCUUUGGAUUUGGAGGAGUUCUUGAUAUCACAGCUAAGAAGUGGAGACUCAGCCCUCAUGCAGGAAUUUGGAGACUUCCCAGAUGAUGACCUGAAGGUGGAGCAGGUGGAGAAAGAGUGGCGUACCAUUCGACACUCUUACCCCGAGGAUGGACCGGGGUUGGAUUCCCAUGUGAGAGACUGUGUAAUGAGGUACACCCAGCCAUGGCUUGUGGUCUCUAGAAGGUGCCAGGGGGAUGGCUGGAGUGCAUAUUCGGAGCGAGCUGGCCUACACAAACUCCUUCAGAAACAGAAUUUUGAGUCCGACGUCCAGACAGAGAAAGAAGAGACACCAGUCAAGUCUCCAACUCUAGCUGGGCUGAGUGAUGACUCUGGCCGCACGGUGACCUCCUCCGAUUUUAACCUGCGGUGUUUGACCCCAGAGCAAAGAGUGGAGGGGCUGCUGGCCUUCAGCAGCCAUGAUGAACUGGACCGCCUUAACCAGGAGUCGAGGCAGGGGAACAGAUACCCUGAGCUGUUUGCUCUAUACCCACCAGCUGAUGAGGAAGAAGCGGUGGAGAUCCGGCCCAUUCCUGACUGCCCCAAAGAGCACAGUGGAGACCGCAUCCUGAUACGAUGCCAGGCCAUCAAGUUUGAGAUUGACAUUGAGCCCAUGUUUGCUACUAUGGCCUUAUAUGACCUGAAAGAGAAGAAAAAGAUAUCAGAGAACUUCUACUGUGAUCUGAACUCAGAGCAGUUUAAAAACUACUUGAAACCUCACACUCCACAAAUGGAUCAUUCCUCUCUGGCCAGAUCUGCCAUCUUCUCUGUCACAUACCCUUCCCCAGACAUCUUCCUGGUCAUCAAGAUUGAAAAGGUCCUCCAGCAGGGAGAGAUCAGUGAAUGUGCUGAUCCCUACAUGACAUUGAAGGAAUCUGACAAUACAAAGAACAAGGACAAGCUGGAGAAGCUGCGAGGCCAAGCGGAGGCAUUUUGCCAAAGGCUGGGUCGCUAUCGCAUGCCCUUUGCCUGGGCAACCGUGAAUAUUAUGGAGGUCAUCAGCACUGCCACCAUUGAACGUGAUGUCACAGACUCCGACAGCUUAAAAUCUGGUAAAUCAAGCAGCAUUGACCGGAGAGCACAGCUGCCCAGGAGGAACUCUGAACGUUACAGUAUCUUGGAUGAUCAAUUCUGUAACAUUUCUGGUUUCAAGCCUGCUACCAUCACUAUCGGCACAAUCUUCAAACAGGAGGGAGAUCGUUUGAGUGAUGAGGACUUGCUCAAGUUCCUGGCUGAAAUUAAGAAAACCUCUGUUCCACAGAGGAGAGUCAAGACCAUACCAGGUUCCAUUAAACUGGACAUGUCUCCACUCCAAGACUUGCCACAGGCUUGUUUGUCCACUGAGCUCAUCCCUCUCAUACCUGUGGCUGAGAAAAACAUUCGGCCUGUCAAAGAAGUGCUGGAGUUCCCCUCCAAUGAGGUUUAUGUCCCGCACAACAUUUACAGGAACCUGCUCUUUGUCUAUCCCCAGAGGCUAAACUUCGUCAACAGGCUGACAUCAGCGAGAAACAUCACCAUCAAAAUGCAGUUAAUGAGUGGAGAAGACCCCAGCUCCUCUAUGCCUGUGAUUUUUGGGAGAUCAAGUGGCCCUGAAUUUGUGAAUGAAGUCUACACCCCUGUUACCUAUCAUAACAAGUCCCCAGACUUUUAUGAGGAAGUGAAGCUGGCUCUUCCUGCCCAUCUGACUGGGAAACAUCACUUGCUGUUCACCUUUUACCACAUCAGCUGCCAGCAGAAACAGAACCAGAGUGGCAACUGUGAAACUCUCAUUGGAUACUCUUGGCUGCCCAUGUUAAACAAUGACCGACUGCAGACUGGUCAAUUCUGCCUGCCCAUUGUCUUGGAGCGACUUCCUGUGAACUACUCAUUGCAUGCGCCUGAGAAACUUCCCCCUCAAGUCCCCCCAGUCAAGUGGAUGGAGAGUCACAAAGGACUGUUCAAUCUGGAGGUACAGGCUGUGUCAUCUGUACACACACAGGACAACCACCUGGAGCGCUUCUUUACCCUCUGUCAUGCCCUGGAGGGUGGAGCAACAUUUCCGCUGCGGGUUAGAGAGGAGAAGAUUCAAGAGAACAAGUUGGAGCAUGAGCUAAAGCUCAGCAUCAUCUCCCUGUCCUCCUCCAGUUUAGAGCCUUUGGUUCUCUUCCUCCACCUGGUGCUGGAUAAACUCUUCACCCUCAUCAUGCAGCCAAUGGUCAUUAAUGGUCAGACUGCUAAUUUUGCCCAGAUAGCCUUCGAAUCAGUGGUGUCUAUUGUCAACAGUCUCCACAACAGCCAGGAGCUGAUCAGAGACCAGCAGGGUAGGAACAGCCUCUUGGCAACCUACCUUUACUGGGUGUUCCGCCUGCCGGAUCCCCCUGGAGACAUGCAAAAUGCAGGUUCAGGGAGUAUACCCUCUGCAGAGAGCCGUUACAGCACCAUGGGUCGGGCCACAGCAGCCACAGUUGGCUCUCUUCUUCUCCAGUCCAGGGUACGCAGCAGCAGCAACCCUGACAUCCCCGCUCAACACAAUUCUGCUGAAGAUGCUGAGGUCAAAAACAUCUUCUCUGCCAAGGCUUCUCUGACCGAUUUAAAGAUGACAUCACAACCAUCGUCUCUGUGGUUACUGCGGAGAUUGGGGACCAUCCUUGUCAAACAACAAAAGAAGCAAUUGUCGCCUCAGUGUACAUGUUGUCUGUGUCCUCCAAACAACAGGGAGAGGUAGAGCAAGCAGAGAAAGUCAACAUCAGUCUGGCCUUCUUCCUCUACGACCUGCUGUCUCUCAUGGACCGAGGAUUUGUCUUCCAGCUGGUGAAAAACUACUGCAACCAGAUGUCAGCUAAAUGUGUUUCAAUGCCAACAUUGAUCAGCAUGCGUCUGGAGUUUCUGCGAAUCCUGUGCAGUCACGAGCACUACCUCAACCUGAGCCUCUUCUUCAGCAGCCCUGCUUCUGCUCCCGCCUCACCGUGUCCAUCCAUCUCCUCACAGAGUUCCGGCUCAUGUAGUUUCCAGGAACAGCAGAGGAUCUUGGGGUUGUUUGAGCUUUCUCAGGAAUUUAAGCAGCAGCACUACCUCGCUGGUCUGCUGCUGACAGAGCUCAGUGCUGCCCUAGACAUGGAAUCAGAGGGGGGAAAGGUCCAGAGAAAGGCCAUCAAUGCGAUCUACAGCCUGCUGUGUUCCCAUGACCUUGACCAUCGCUGUGUUAAACCUGAGGUCAGAGCCAAGGUGGCUGCUCUCUACCUCCCCCUGGUGGGCAUUAUCAUUGACUCCACCAACUAUCUGGACUUCACUGUUUCAGAUGCGCGCAGCGGGAAAAACAAGACAGGCGGACCUGAAGAUGACCUUGAAAAUGUCCCACCCAUUAAUCAGUCGGUUGCUAUGGCAAUUGCCGGGAACCCCUUCAACACGCUGGGGAGGAAUGUUCUCGUUUCCAUGGCAUCCAUGCAAGGUAAAUCUGUAGCCAUCCUUGCAGCAGACACCAGUCGCCACCUGUUGGUGUGUUUCCUUUGGGUGAUGAAGAACGCUGAUAGGAAUCUGAUUCAGCGCUGGACUGUGGAUAUGCCUCCCUCACAGCUCAACAAGCUGCUGGAGCUUCUCACUAUCUGUGUGUCCUGCUUUGAGUACAGGGGUAAACAGUGCAGUGACAAAGUGAGCACCCAGGCCUUGCAGAAAUCUCAGCAGGCCAAGUUGCAGCUGGAAGAAGCCCUGCUGGGAGGAAUGGGAGCCCGCGGAGCAAUGAUAAAACGAGUUGGAGAUAGAACCAUGGGUCUAAGAGAGAACCUGAGAUGGAGGAAAGACCUCACUCAGUGGAGACAGAGCAACGACAAACAAGAUAAAACAAAGGCAGAGUUGGACCAGGAGGCUGUGAUCAGUGGAAACUUAGCCACAGAGACAAACCUCAUUAUUCUGGACCUGCUGGAGACCAUCGUACAGGCGGUGCCAUUGGCUGAGUGUAAAGACAGCGUGGUUGGCGGGGUGUUGAAGGUUUUACUCCACUCUCUCACCUGCAACCAGAGUAGCACAUUCCUCUCUCACACCUUCAGCACACUCAGAGCACUUGUUGUCAAGUUUGGGGACCUGUUGUUUGAAGAGGAGGCGGAGCAGUGUGCAGACCUGUGCCAGAAGGUGCUUCAGUACUGCAGCAGCCCUGUGGAUGAAAACAGGACCCACGCCUGUGCCACCCUCUACCUCAUCAUGAGAUACAGCUACAGCAAUGCCAGUAACUUCUCAAGAGUGAAGAUGCAAGUCACCAUGUCUCUGGCCUCACUGGUGGGCAAGUCUGCAGACUUCCAGGAUGAAUACUUAAGGCGCUCACUACGCACCAUCCUGGCCUACGCAGAGGAGGACACUGAAAUGCAGAACACUCAGCUACCCUCACAGGUGGAUGAGCUUUUGAGGAACCUCAACAGUAUUUUGUCAGACACAGUCAAAAUGAGAGAGUUCCAGGAAGAUCCUGAGAUGCUCAUGGACCUGAUGUACAGGAUAGCGAAGGGCUACCAGACGUCUCCUGACCUCCGCCUGACCUGGCUGCAGAACAUGGCUGAGAAGCACAACAACAGGAAGUGUUACACUGAGUCUGCCAUGUGUCUGGUCCACGCUGCUGCCCUGGUGGCUGAGUACCUCAGCAUGCUUGAGGAUCACAAGUACUUGCCUGUUGGCAGCGUCACCUUCCAGAACAUCUCCCCCAAUGUGCUGGAGGAGUCGGCGGUGUCAGAUGACAUCCUGUCCCCCGACGAGGACGGGGUGUGUUCGGGGCGCUACUUCACUGAAAGUGGCCUGGUGGGAUUGCUUGAGCAGGCUGCUGAGCUCUUCAGCAAUGGUGGUCUGUAUGAGGCAGUGAAUGAAGUCUACAAGAUCAUCAUACCAAUCCUGGAGGCUCACAGGGAUUUUAGAAAGCUGGCAUCCACUCAUGACAAACUACAGAGAGCCUUUGAUAACAUCAUUCAGAAGGGCCAUAAGAGGAUGUUUGGAACCUAUUUCCGGGUGGGUUUUUAUGGGGCCAAGUUCGGAGACCUGGAUGAACGGGAAUUCAUUUACAAGGAGCCAGCGAUCACACAUCUGCCCGAGAUAUCUCACAGGCUUGAGAACUUCUACAGUCAGUGUUGUGGAGAAGACACUUUGGUGAUGAUUAAGGACUCUACACCAGUGGACAGAAAACAGCUUAACCCCAACAAGGCAUAUAUCCAGAUCACUUAUGUGGAGCCCUUUUUUGAUGACUACGAGAUGAAAGACCGUCUGACAAACUUUGAGAAGAACUUCAACCUGCGGCGGUUCAUGUACACCACGCCCUUCACCAAGAGUGGACGGCCGCGUGGCGAGCUCAACGAGCAGUACAAGAGGAAGACCAUCCUCACCACCAUGCACGCCUUCCCCUACGUCAAAACUCGCAUCAAUGUUAUCCAGAAAGAGGAGUUUGACCUGACUCCUAUUGAAGUGGCCAUAGAAGACAUGCAGAAGAAGACUAGAGAGCUUGCUGUUGCCACACAUAGAGAACAACCUGAUGCUAAAAUGCUGCAGAUGCUGCUACAAGGCUCUGUGGGAGCUACUGUUAACCAGGGCCCGUUGGAAGUGGCCCAGGUCUUCCUGAAUGAGAUCCCAGCAGACCCGAAGCUCUUUCGUCACCACAAUAAACUGCGCCUGUGUUUCAAAGAGUUUAUAAUGAGGUGUGGUGAGGCAGUUGAGAAGAAUAAACACCUGAUCACAUUUGACCAGAAAGAGUACCAGCAGGAACUGAAGAAGAACUACAACCGCCUGAGAGAGAGCCUGAGGCCCAUGCUAGAAAGAAAGAUUCCUGAGCUCUAUAAACCCAUCAUCAGGCCUCGCCAGGAGAACAGAGAUUCCUUCAAACGUCUGAGUUUCCGCAGAGCUCUGGAGGAAAACUCCUGAGAUGCCAUUGCCUGUCUAAGAGACAGCGCUACGGAGAGGAAGGGGAUGCUGUCACACAACCAAGAGACAAAAAAAGGAGAUGAGAUGAAAAGAAGAGAAAAAUAAGGAGCAGAACUGGUGGUGAUACCCUUGUACUCCUCUGCACAGGAGCAGUACAUUGUAUCCAGGAUGCAGGGUUUAGGAUCAGUUUCUCAAAAAUCCAGCAGUGUUUAUAAAUGUUCUCUGCUGUAUUUCCAUUUUUUAUGAUUUCAUGGUUGUUGUUGUUACAGGAAGCAAAAGGAGGGAACAGAUUGAGCACAUAAAAAUAGUGGGAUGGGAAUCUCAAGCAAAGUGUAGCUUAUUGAGCGUUUCACUGUAAAAUCUUCAGAUGCUUUUGCUCUGUUGAUUUUCUUUUUUGGAUAACUGCAAGUCCGAGUAAUGCUGCAAACAUUUCCUCUGGGUUGGUUAAGAAGCAGACUAGAGUCCCUCUCUGAGGUCCUUGCUGGCCCAGGGACUGUAUGUGUGCCAAUAAUGAUACUGUCUUGUGUGCAUGUAAGUGUAAAUGUGUGAAUGAAUGGGCCUUUAUUCAGAUAGUGUUUGAAGUAGAGUAUUUUGGUGCCGUACUGAAGUCACUUUGCACUCAGUGAUGAUAAAUGAUUUUGUUAUGUGCUAAAGGGCCUCUGAAAUUCCACCCUGAGUGUCUAAGCAUGUCAUGCAUGACAUGCACUCGUGCUGCCAGAGCCAGCGAGAUGAUGUGGAUGGAUUUGUGCACUGGAAAGAUGGAUUAAAUUAAUUUCCUGUGUUGAGUCUUAAGGCCACUGUAGUCUUACUAUUGUUAGACACACAUCACCUGGCCAUGUAGCUAAUAGAAGAGUUUAACUGAUUAAGAGUUAUCUGGUGUAAUUUUACAAGAGGUAGAUAGACUUAUCUUUGGUUCCAAAACACAUAUGGCUUAUUUCUAAAUCCACAUUUUGUAUAUAGUAAAGGUAUUGCAUCAGAUAAUUACAAAGAUGUUUACAAAGGUAUGAGAAACUAUUUUGCAGUUUAUUUUAUGGAAAUGUAUUUCUUAGAAAAUAGCAAUAAUGAUAUGAAUUGAAAAAAUAAUUCAGUAGGCAGGAUUCAGUGACUGAGUGUACUGUAACAAUACAACAAAGUGUAUGUUCCAGUAGUUUCAGUCCCUGUUUGUAAAUAGGCCACUCCCUUCCAUACACACAGUGCCAAAUUUAAUUUCUUCCUCAUUUACUUAGGAACUUAGAUCCUUAACCAGAGAUGCAAUAUUUUGGAAAGUCACUCAACACAACUCUGCUUUGCAAUGUGAAUUAUGUUUACUCAAUGUGUCCGAAUACAUUCCAGAGGAGAAAUUUACUACUACUGCAUUGCAGUGUUAAAUAGUAACAACCUGAUUUUAUUUGACAUCCUUGAAAAGGCUCAUUUCAUUGGUGUUAUGUUACAGCUCGCACUGUAUUACAGUGAUGUAAAUGUGCUUUGUUUUUCAAAACGGGGUACACAUUUUAUCUGCAUUAUUAAUACACAAUUACCCCCCUAUUCCUCUGUCUCCAGGCACAUUUGUUAAUUAUUGACUGUUUUUAAAAUGGCUAAAUAAGAUUAAAGGUUAUACAGAUUGGUUAUUAUUUGUGAGUAUUAAUUAAAAAUGUAUACACAGUUCUGAAACAUGCAGUGUACUGCUGAAGCCUGGUGUUAAAAGGUAUAUUUGUGGCAUUCAACCACUUUUUUUCUUUAUUGGUUUCUUUUUAUGUUCAUAUUUGUUGUGUUUUAUUAAAUGUGGAAUUUUAACUUGCAUACAUUGCUGGUGAAGCACCUGAAUAAAAUUUAAU